CAGCGUAACAACACUCCAAAUUUAAAUCCUUACACACGAAGACCCACACCCACUUCGAGUUGACUUGAACCGUAACAGAGACAGCCACCUAACACCUUACCCUAUCUUCUCCCUCCCUCCCCCCCCUACUGGUGGUGUGGUAUGCUCUAGACUCUUCUGUUAUUGGUAUGUAAUAGUCUACACUCCAUCCCUUCCUGCCCCUCGCUCUCUCCGUUAAACGGUUCGUUACAAUUUGAUUUUUUCCUUUUUUUUUUCUUUUUCAAAUUUUUUCAGCUUCGAGUUCUUCUUCUCCUUCUUCCCUUCCAAUCGAUCCUCCCUCCGACCUCACUCGCAUACAAAACAAUAAUAUAAAUAUAAAUAACACUGCUCGCUCUUCCUCCUCUUGUUCCCCAUCCCCACUCCUCCUACUCCUUCUUCUCCUUCUUCCUCCUCGUCUCAGCCCCUUCAGCCUCAGCCCUUUCGGCCUCUGUUCCUUAUCAGUACUUGACUACAACAAAGCUAUCCGUACAACAAUAGUCUCCUUGUUGUCUAUUUCCGUCUCUCAACCAACACUCUCUGAUCCAAGAGUCCCUUAUUGUUAGCGACGCUUCUACCUCAUCCUGUUAUUGUUCCCUUGAUCCCUCUCACUUCUCCUCCCCCCCUCAUAACCCUCCGCGUCUCUUGCCUCGCUCGACUCGUCUAACAACAAACACUCCGCCUCUCACUCCCCCCCACCCCCCCAACUAAUAAGUCCAUCUACCGCUCAGCGUACAUAAACAGUCCUCCCCAAUAGCUGCCUCCUUCAUCAGACUAAUAAAUAAGAGCAUCGCUCUCCCUCUGAACAUCCUCUCCUCCCACCUUUUGAAGCCCUCCCAAGAGAAAUCAAAAAAGUCAACCCCAUCAAUCCCUCCAUCUUAUCUUUCCAACCAUCCUCCUACUACCGGUGAUUGAUUCUUCAUCACCCCAGUCCUGCAAUGGCCCAUUCCUCCAAGGAAUCCCUUCUUGCUGCCAAACAAGAUCUUUUGGCAGCCUACAGCUCCGUACACAAUGCCCUCGGGAGGUUGAUCAAUCUCGUCCACAGCUCCGAACCACGCGCAGUAGCUGAUGCUCUCGGCUCCGACUACGAGCAGCACCAUGCCCAAUCUCCCCCACAGGAUCUCUAUCCUCGGGGCUCUGCCGCCUCGCAAGCCGCCUACGGCUCACGCCCUCCGCAAUACUCUGAACCCCAAAACUAUGCCCACUCCCAUCCGCCCUAUCCUGCGCCUCCCCAGCCACAAUCCUCCUCAAACCCGCGCACCUCUGCCCCUCCCGGGCCAUCCUUCAUGACCGUCACCCCCGGUGCCCCCCGCCAGCAGGCUCACCCUCCUGCCCAGGCUUCCAAAGCCCGCCAUCGCAAGCCUCAGCAUCCUGCAGUCACUCAAUCUUAUGCCUCCCAGCCGGCCCACCCACUCGAGACAGAUGACGAGGAUGACGAUGAGGAUGAUCCGGAGGAGCCUGUCAGUGAGGAAGACCAUCCCAAUGGUACCGGCCCGUUUUAUAAUCCUCCUCGUCAGCCGACCACCAUUCCCACCCCGCCGGGCUCAAUCCCCGGUGGGAAGAAGAAAAGGGUCAAGCGCGAGCGUGAUCCAAAUGCUCCCAAGCGACCAGCGUCUGCCUACAUUCUAUUCCAAAACGCUGUCAGACAAGAGAUGCGUGCUGCAAACCCCACUGCAGAUUAUAAGGAACUUGCCAGGCAAAUUGGCGAUCGAUGGAAAAACCUGAGUGAAGAGGCUAAACGGCCGUGGUCGGAAGCAGGGAAGUUAGCGAUGAAUUCCUGGAACAUUCAAAAUAAGGAAUACAAGACCUCUCACCCAGAGAUUACUUCGCCUCAUCAUCAAACGGGCGCCUGCCCCGCCCCCGUUCCACGUAAAAGAAGGUCCCGAGCGGCCGAGGUCGAUGCGCAAGGCAACCCCUUACCCAAGAAGCGAGGCCGACCCAGCAAGGUUGAAAAGGAUAGCCCGCCCGAUCAUCCUGUUCAUCCUGUUCAUCUUGGAGGGCAACCAGUACAACAACCCAAUUCCGCCAUGUCUCUCCAAACGAUCAAUGGGCACAGUGUGCCUCCAGCCCCUCAACCGCACAUGGUUGUUGCUGCGCAACAUGCCGUUCAACCACAGCAUCAUGAGGAAGAAUACUCGGAAGAAGGCGAAGAAGAGGAGGAAGUCGAAGAAGAGGAGGAGGAGGAAGAGGAGACUGCCAACCACUAUCAUAACCCCCAAGUCGCCGGGCAACCAUCCUCAAUGCCCCCUCCCCAGAUGAACGGUCCCUCUCAAGUAUCCCCUCAGAUGGCCGCACAUUCCGAGUCUGAGCUCGAGGACGGAGAGGAAGAAGAAGGAAGUGAGGCCCGGUCGCCCGAACCCAAUCAUCCGGUCAAUAAGAUGGCUGUCCAGCCAAACGGGAUCUUGGCAUGACCUCAUCCCACUUCGACUAGCUUGUUCUCCAUCACCGGCCGAACCACUCAAAUAGGGGAUCAAGCAAUCCCUUGAAAAAGAUCCCACGAACUAAUACGAGCCCUUGCUGAAAACGGGAAGUCUAAUGCCUGCCAAAAUUACUGCUACACCACUCUUCAAAUGGCGACACCCUUCGAAAAUACAAAACAAAAAAACGACAUCUUUUUACCUGUCCGAUACGAGUCUGGCUCGCUCAGGGAACAUCCCCAACUAUCCUUCUUCCUCAAUCUCAACCAAAAAAAACCACUCGGUCUAAUUGUGUUCAUAUUCUCGGCAACCAACUAAAACCAAAACCAGUGCCAAAAAAGAAUCAUCUAAACUAGUCUUGGCUACUUUUUUGAUCACCUAUUCAUCUUUAUAUAAAAUCCCUUGUCUCUCCCGUUUUCUCCUUUUUUGUUUUCUCCAAAAAAAGUUUGAGCGGACUGUGUUUGUGCAUUUUUUUCCCUUUCUUAUGCUCAUUAGUGAUGUUAACCAAAAUAAAAGCUUGUUUGUCUGCGUGUUCUAUUGUCCUUUUGACUCUCUUGAGCUUGUGCCUGCAAGGGGUCUUGUUGAGUCUCUUGUUGAGAAGGCAGAUGAGCGGUGAUUUCGAUGUUGGUGACUGAGGAGAUAUCUCUACACCGCGGGUGCAAUUGAGGAUUUCGGGUCCAGCCAUGGGAUGGCAUUGUCCCAAGGCCGUCCCAGGUCCUAAAAAGACAUCACAAU